AUCACUGAAAGGAUAGAUAACGUAACCAUUUAAUCUGUACUGUGUCCUGAUAUGAAGCACAAUUAUUUAGGAGAUUUAUUUGUAUUAUAGCAAGUGUCAGUGCGACGCGAGUGGUGUUAGUGAAAAUGAAAUGAAAUAUUAAAAAAAUCAAACAGAAAGUUGUAUUUUACUACAAAUAUAUACAGUGAGCAAUAAGACUAAGUACUCCCAGUUCUUAGGGGUCGGUUAAGAAAAGGAAUGACACAAGUAGACCACAUAGAAGGAGUAAUAGGCAGCUUCGGAAGAUAUCAAACAUGGAUACUGAUAUUGAUUUCCGUGGGACGGUUGCCUACAGACUACCAGCUGUCCAACGUCGUGUUUAUACUGCCGAGUGUGGAUUACGUUUGUAAGGACGAUGGAGCCUACAACUUGACGAACCAUUGCCCCUGCAAGAAUCCUGUGUACGAUACCAGUACCAUAGUAAGCUCAGUGACUAGCACAUUCAACCUCAUCUGUGAUAGAACCCAGUUGGCGAGUUUGGCGCAGUCUUUUCUCCAAGUCGGUAUUCUAGCGGGCAGCAUCUUCUAUGGAUAUAUUUCAGACAGGUACGGCCGCAAAUUUGCGUGUCUCUUGGCGCUGCAUUCUGUGGUCCUGUUCGUUGCAGCAUCCGCAGCAGUCAGCGAGCUAUGGAUGUUCAUCGUCGCCAGAUUCCUGAUGGGCACAGGGGUCGGUGGCACCAUGUUGUGCUGCUACAUCAUGAUCAUUGAACUCACUGGGAAGUCCUUCAGGCCUUACAUCACUGGCCUUCAUGAGAUCUCCUUCAUGGUCGCCUACGUAUCUUUACCUGGUUUGGCCUUUAUCUUCAGAGAGUGGAGAUACCUGCAGCUUGUUACAUCUGUGCCCUGGCUGUUCGUUAUUGCCUACAGCUUUAUAUUACCAGAAUCUCCGAGGUGGUUAAUUACAGUGGGAAGGAAGGACGAAGCUGUGACCAUUCUCACGGCUAUCGCUAAGAGAAAUCGCCGGCCUUCCGACAACAUUCGAGCAAUCGUUGAUAAAGUUUACGAAGAAACAGUGAGAAACAACGAUCAGCAGUACAGUACAUACUUGGACAUAAUGAGAUCGCCUAAAUUGAGAGUUUAUGCCCUUAUAUGUGCAUUCGUUUGGCUGUGCUGCGCUCAUACAUUCUUCGGAGUCAACCAAUACAUCGGACGGUUGGAAGGGAAUAUUUACCUCAACGUUAUGUUAUCUGGCUUGAUUCUCUCUCCUAGUGUAAUAUUAGUUAUCAUAGCUACGUUAUAUUUCCGAAGAAAGACAUCGACAAUAUUUACUUUCUGUUUAACAGGUGUAUCGUUGUUAUGUUUUAUAUUCAUACCGUCAGAUUACAAUGUAGCUAGACUCUUAGUAGCGUUUAUAGGACUAACUGGUUCUUAUACAGCUUUUGUUUUAAUAUAUUUGUAUUGUUCGGAAGUAUUUCCAACAGUUAUCAGAAAUUCUGCGAUGGGUUUUGCAUCAGUGUUUGCAAGAUUCGGUGGCUUCAUAGCACCAUUUGUUGUAAAUAUAGGUGUAGAAUGGGCUUCAUUGACAAUAUUCAGUUCUCUGGCAUUUUUAGCUGCAGUUUUAUGUUAUUUCUUGCCAGAAACUAAAGGCAUUGUAUUAUUAAACUCAAUCGAACAAAGAGAAAAAUCUGAAAAACAUAUUGUAAAAUCUGAUGUUAUUACUUAAUUUACAAUUUGGAUUAAAUAGAAU